CGCAGAAGCGCGGCGGCGCGAUGGCGACGGCAGUGUGGGCGGCUGCGCGGCUGCUUCGGGGCUCUGCGGCGCUCUGCGCGCGGCCCAGGUUUGGAUCUCCUGCACACAGACGGUUCAGCAGUGGCGCCACCUACCCCAACAUCCCCCUCUCUUCUCCCUUACCUGGAGUGCCCAAGCCUAUUUUUGCUACAGUUGAUGGACAGGAAAAGUUUGAAACCAAAGUUACCACUCUGGACAAUGGGCUUCGUGUGGCAUCUCAAAAUAAGUUUGGACAAUUCUGUACCGUGGGAAUUCUUAUUAAUUCAGGAUCACGGUAUGAAGCGAAAUAUCUGAGUGGAAUUGCUCAUUUUUUGGAAAAAUUGGCAUUUUCGUCUACUGCUCGAUUUGACAGCAAAGAUGAAAUUCUGCUUACGCUGGAAAAACACGGUGGUAUCUGUGACUGUCAGACCUCAAGAGACACCACCAUGUAUGCUGUGUCUGCUGACAGCAAAGGCUUGGACACUGUGGUGAGCCUGCUGGCUGAUGUGGUUCUGCACCCCCGCCUGACAGAUGAAGAAAUUGAGAUGACAAGGAUGGCUGUGCAGUUUGAACUAGAGGACCUGAACAUGAGGCCUGACCCAGAGCCACUGCUCACCGAGAUGAUUCAUGAAGCUGCUUUUAGGGAGAACACAGUGGGCCUGCAUCGGUUUUGCCCUGUAGAAAACAUAGCAAAGAUUGAUCGAGAAGUGCUGCAUUCCUACCUGAAGAACUAUUACACCCCUGACCGCAUGGUGCUGGCUGGAGUGGGCGUGGAGCACGAGCACCUGGUGGAAUGUGCCAGAAAGUACCUCCUGGGAGUUCAGCCUGCCUGGGGAGCUACUGGAACUGUGGACGUUGACAGAUCAGUGGCACAGUACACUGGGGGAAUCGUCAAGGUGGAGAGAGACAUGUCAAAUGUCAGCCUUGGCCCAACCCCAAUUCCAGAGCUCACACACAUCAUGGUGGGACUGGAAAGUUGUUCUUUCCUGGAGGAGGACUUCAUCCCCUUCGCUGUGCUGAAUAUGAUGAUGGGAGGAGGGGGCUCCUUCUCAGCGGGAGGGCCUGGCAAAGGCAUGUUCUCCAGACUCUACCUCAACGUGCUCAAUCGGCACCACUGGAUGUAUAAUGCAACCUCCUACCACCACAGCUAUGAAGAUACAGGCCUCCUGUGCAUUCAUGCCAGCGCAGACCCAAGACAAGUUCGAGAGAUGGUAGAAAUCAUCACAAAGGAGUUUAUCUUGAUGGGCAGAACAGUGGAUUUGGUGGAGCUAGAGCGGGCUAAGACACAGCUGAUGUCCAUGCUCAUGAUGAACCUGGAGUCCAGGCCUGUGAUCUUUGAGGAUGUGGGGAGGCAGGUGCUGGCUACACAUUCAAGAAAGCUGCCCCAUGAGCUAUGCACACUCAUUCGCAAUGUGAAGUCAGAAGAUAUCAAGAGGGUUGCUUCCAAGAUGCUCCGUGGCAAGCCUGCUGUAGCCGCCCUGGGUGAUCUGACUGACCUACCCACCUAUGAGCACAUCCAGGCAGCACUGUCCAGCAGAGAUGGGCGCCUGCCCAGAACAUACCGGCUGUUCCGGUAGAGUCCCUCCAGGGCAGGCUGCAGAGUGCUUCUGUGCAUGUUACUGUUGGUGUGGACACUGCAUAAGGGUAGCUAGCUCUGUGAACAGUGCCAACAGUGAAACUCUUGAAAACUUGAAUGAAAGUUACUGUUGCCACUGCACCUUUGUGUCUCAAAACACAGGUGGCUUGUUCUUCA